AUGAUAAAUGUUUCACCAAUAGGAAGAAAUUGUUCACAGGAAGAAAGAAUAGCAUUCUUUGAGUAUGACAAAGUAAGUGGAUCUUAACAUUUUUCACAUCUAAGCAUCUCUCCCUAACCGACAGACCAACCUGUUUUGUGAUAGAAAGGACAAUAGCUGCUCCCAUGUUUUUAGCUAUAUUUGGGACCAAAAUGUAAGUAUAGAAUACUUCUCAGUUGGUCUUUAAUUGUUAUUUUUCACAGGUUCACAAAGUUAGGGAUAAAUUUGUGUCUGUUUUGAGAGAAGAGUUUGCAGAUUAUGGACUACAGCUCAGUAUAGGAGGUCAGAUAAGUUUUGAUGUCUUCCCAAAAGGCUGGGACAAGACUUAUUGCCUGAAGCAUGUGGAAAAUGAUGGUUACAAGGAAAUUCAUUUCUUUGGGGAUAAGUGCUAUCAGGUGCAGUACUCUCUUGCUGUGUAUAACAAACAAUUAACAAUAUUAUUGGACGAGGUUGAGCAAAAUAUAGUGAUUUGUCUGUGGUGAGCAGUUCGGCUUCGGCAAAUAAUUGAUCUGCAAGACACUAUCAAAUCACGAUAUUUUGCGAUAACCGAGUUCAAUAAUAAUAUUGUGUUAUCAUUCGAUCGCCGAGUUGGUUUUUUUAAUGAAUAUCCUUGGGAAGCAAAGCGAUUUGCCAUUUUCACGCAAGAGUGAUUGCAAGAAGGAGAAAAGCACGGUUUCCUUUACGCAUGAGCAGAAUAUCAUUUGCAGCCAAACACUGUUGACGGCAUUGCGCAUGAGCAGACCAUUAUUUGUAGGCAGUUAUUUGCAGGUCACAUGGUUGGCUUUCGGCCAAUGAAAAGAAAGAAAAUUUGCUUCAAAUGAUAAUAAUUAUUAUUUGCAUUUAUCACAUGGCCAGUUUUUUGAAACCUUAGAAUGACAUUAACAGUCUGCCAGGCAAGGUAAAAUUAACUUUAAGCCAUGAGAUCAAUAUUAGUGGCCAGAGCAGGACUUGAAGCUGGACCCCCAAGGUUGCAAUCCAAUGCGCGGGUCUUGGCCAGUCUGCCCUCUUGACUGUUGGGAAGCAGCAUGGCGGAGUGAUCAGUGCAUCGGAUUUGCAAUCCGACAUUCCCAGAUUCGAGUCCUGCCUGGGCGCUGGAUAUGUUUUUGGUUGCCUCGCGUUGCUUCCUGCUAGUUGAGCUGGUUAAUUCUGUUACGUUCUAUUUGAAUACGUUUGUUUCUAAUAAAGUGGAUUUCCUGUAAACUGCUGGAUAAGCCUCUGUAAGUGCACUUUUCACUGUUGCAGUCAAACAGGGAAAACCCUGAAAACCAGAAAUAUUUCUGGAAUGUUAUUGUGUUGCAAGUAAAAAGCCACCCAGACGUGAAAAAACUAAACUGCAAGCAAGAACGUUGAUUAGUUUGUGGUUUUGUGGCUAGUUUGUGUGUUCUCAUCUUUGCUGUGAUUGGUCAUAACACAAUAAACAUUGCUGAAUUAUUUCACUGUUUUCCUGGUCGCACUGUAACCUUCAACCUGUCCAACAGACGACUCAUUGCUGGUAUCAAUCCAAGAUAAUAAGGAUCAAUCCUAAAAUUCCAGCAUUAUUGUUGCUGUAUACAAAACCUGUGCUAUUAUCUCUUACAUUAUAAUAAUAAUAGCUACAGUCUUGUUUAAAUAUUAAUAAUAAUAGUAAGAAAAAAUAUUUAAGUAAUACUGUAUAUUUUUGACUUUGUAUGUGUAUUUUUUAACCAUUUUCAUAUUCACUUUCAGGGUGGUAAUGACUAUGAAAUUUUCAUGGAUGAGCGAACAAAGGGACACAAAGUUACUUGUCCAGAAGACACCAUGAACCAACUGAAAGAACUGUUCUCUGUCAGCUAG